AUGGGAAGAAGAUCGAUUAAUACCACUAAAAGUGGUAAAUAUAUGAAUCCCACCGAUCAAGCAAGAAAGGAAGCAAGAAAAAAAGAAUUAAAGAAAAAUAAAAAGCAAAGACAAAUGGUGAGAGCUGCAGUUUUAAGAGGAAAAGACCCUCAACAAUUAUUAUUGGAUUUAGAAAAAAUUGAUCAAAUGGAAUAUAAUGUUUUACAACCUUCUCCUCUUAAUGAAAAAGUUUUAAAAGAUAAAAGAAAAAAAUUAAAAGAUACUUUAGAAAGAGUUUUAAAAAUGUAUCACAAGGAUGAUCCUGAUAAAUGGGCAGAACUUAAAAGACUUCAAAUAGAAUAUGAAAGAAAACGAUCUGCUUUGUACAACUAUUAUGAAGCUGUAAAAAAUGCUCAACAAGUUCAGGUAGAUGAUAUCCCUUUACCUAUUGCUGCUUUACCAGCUGAACUUCAAGCUGUUUUUGUUGGUAUGCCUUCACAAAUUCCUCUACCAGCUCAUGCACCUCCACAUCCAGCAAUGAGGCCAACAAAUGUACCUCCUCCAUUUUUACAGCCUCCUCAUGGUAUUUUAAAAAAAUCUUCCUAUGGGAGUAAAGAACUGGAAAAGAAAAAAGAACCCCCUGGAGUACCUAUAGGACCUCCUCCUGAGCUUAGUGAUGAUGAUGAAGAUAUAGAUAAAUUACAGUUAGAACACAAUCCAAUUCCAAUUUCAGUACCCAGGAAAACUAUCAGAUUUAUGGAUGAAAAAGAUAUUGCACCUGGAGUGGAAGAUAGUUUAGAUAAAAGGGAUUUGCUCUCUGUAGAAAGACAUCUGCUAGAGGAUGACAGAUUAGGUGAAAGAAAAGAUGACAAUUUGAAACUAGACGAUUCAAAACAAAGACCAACUUCUUUACAACAAAAAAUGUUAGCCAUGGCUGGCCAAGAUAUAGAUCAGUUUAUGAAGGAGAUGGAAGAAGUUCACAAAAAAAGAAAAGCUGACAGAGCUGCUGAUCUUGAAAAUCGGUUACAAGCUUUGGAUCCAAAAAAUUAUGGGAAUAAAAAUAAACGCGACGCUUCUCCUCCUGAUUCAAUAGAACCCCCAGGAAUGGCUCCUGGUACUUUAGGAGAUUCCGAUCCAAUGGGUUUACCUCAUUUAGUACACAGGCCUGGAGUUGCCAUGAUUCCCGGGAUGCCGUCUAUGAUGUUUAGACCUCCGCCUCCACGAGGAGUACCUGCCUUAAUGGGAAUUCGUUUACCCCCCGGUCCACCUCCAGGUUUACCACCCAGAUUAGGAAUUCGACUUCCUCCGGGUCCGCCUCCGGGAAUGCCUCCUCGAUUAAUGAGACCGCCCAAUAUACCCCCUGUAACUCCCCUAACUCCACACGCAGCACAAACAAAUGUAUUGUCAGCUGCUCCGCAGCUCAUAAGUAGACCCCCAGAAAAACCGGGAGCAACAAUACAAGCGGGAGCUCAAAUAAGAAAUUUAAGCGCGGAUGUAACGAGAUUUCUUCCCACGGCGCUCAGAGUUAAAAGAGACGUUAAGCAAAAGAAAGAUAUUAAAAUACCCCACCAUUCAGGUAUAAAAUACUUUUUCGAAUAA